AUGGCGGGGGUGCUCGCGCCGAGCCAAGCUGGAGCCACGCCCAACCGCCUAAAGCGCAAGGCCCCCGAAUCUUCCGACGCCGCCACAACCUCCACCUCCGCAGGAGAGGACGAGGCGGCGGCGGGGCUGGAGGAAGAGGUCGAGGACCUGGAGAGGGAGGUGGCCGAUCUGGGCCGCCGCAUACUCGAGCACCGCCGCGACGCCGCCACCCGCUUCCUCGACGCCACAGUGUCGCGCCUCGCCGCCUUCCGUCCGACCGCCUGCCCGGAAGUUCCAGGUGAACAACAGUCUGUGGCUGGAACCUCGCAUGCCGAAGCUCACCAAGAUAAGCUUGAAAAGCUAAAGAUCUUCAAAUCGAAGACUGAGGCUAGCAUUGCAGCUAUGCCCAAGGUCUUGAAGAAAAUGAACAAGUGUGUUGCUCAGAUGGAGAAGCUGGAGAAGCUGAAUAUACAUCCUGUUUUCCAAAGAAAACGGUAGCAGUUAACAUUGAUAAUGUGAUUUUUUUUGUUUUAUGCAUUAUUUAUGAGGUUGUGGGCUCACACGGCAAGUGUACCAUCUGCAACAUCUUGGUGUUGAAAUAGCUUGAUUCAGUAGUGUUUAGCAAGAGAUCGUUUACUGACAGAGCAUCCAUCGUUGCAGUAGUGGUUAGCAAGAGAUCUGCAACAUGUUGUCUAGAUGUAUUUAAUAAGGAAGCGCUGUGUGUAGUUACCACUUCAGAUUGUACUCUUGCUUACCAAGUUGUUUCUGAUCAUUUAUGUGACAUGCAACGAGCUGCUGUGCAGUGGCACACUUCCAUUU